UCUUAUAGAGGCACCCGGGGGCGGGGGUGCAGGGACCGUGCUUCGUCGUUGCCGCCGCCGCCUCCGCAUCCACCUCCCGCCUCCCACCAGAGCUCCUAGCAAAGCCGCCACCGCUACUGCCACCGCCGCAUCCACAACCAGCGCCACCGCCAUGCGCGAGAUCGUGCACCUGCAGGCCGGCCAGUGCGGCAAUCAGAUCGGGGCCAAGUUCUGGGAGGUGAUCAGCGAUGAGCAUGGCAUCGACCCCACGGGCACAUAUCACGGGGACAGUGACCUGCAGCUGGAGAGAAUCAACGUGUACUACAAUGAGGCCACAGGUAGGAUGGAGGGGCACCUAGGGGAGCAGUGCUGGGGAGGGGCUGGGAGGGGACCGCAUGCUGGUUCCUGGCACUCACCCCAGCUGACCUCCAUCUGCCUCCCUGCAGGAGGAAAUUACGUGCCCAGAGCCGUGCUGGUGGACCUGGAGCCAGGCACCAUGGACUCGGUUCGCUCUGGCCCCUUUGGCCAAAUCUUUCGGCCUGACAACUUUGUAUUUGGGCAGUCUGGAGCGGGCAACAACUGGGCCAAGGGCCACUACACCGAGGGCGCGGAGCUGGUGGACGCCGUCCUGGACGUGGUGCGCAAGGAGGCCGAGAGCUGCGACUGCCUGCAGGGCUUCCAGCUGACACACUCGCUGGGCGGAGGCACGGGGUCCGGGAUGGGCACGCUGCUCAUCAGCAAGAUCCGGGAGGAGUUUCCCGACAGGAUCAUGAACACCUUCAGCGUGGUGCCGUCGCCCAAGGUGUCGGACACGGUGGUGGAGCCGUACAACGCCACGCUGUCGGUGCACCAGCUGGUGGAGAACACGGACGAGACCUACUGCAUCGACAACGAGGCGCUCUACGACAUCUGCUUCCGCACGCUCAAGCUCACCACGCCCACCUACGGGGACCUCAACCACCUGGUGUCGGCCACCAUGAGCGGCGUCACCACCUGCCUGCGCUUCCCGGGCCAGCUCAACGCUGACCUGCGCAAGCUGGCCGUGAACAUGGUGCCCUUCCCGCGCCUGCACUUCUUCAUGCCCGGCUUCGCCCCGCUCACCAGCCGCGGCAGCCAGCAGUACCGGGCCCUGACGGUGCCCGAGCUCACGCAGCAGAUGUUCGACGCCAAGAACAUGAUGGCCGCCUGCGACCCGCGCCACGGCCGCUACCUGACGGUGGCCGCCGUGUUCCGCGGCCGCAUGUCCAUGAAGGAGGUGGACGAGCAGAUGCUGAGCGUGCAGAGCAAGAACAGCAGCUACUUCGUGGAGUGGAUCCCCAACAACGUGAAGACGGCCGUGUGCGACAUCCCGCCGCGCGGCCUGAAGAUGGCCGCCACCUUCAUCGGCAACAGCACGGCCAUCCAGGAGCUGUUCAAGCGCAUCUCGGAGCAGUUCACGGCCAUGUUCCGGCGCAAGGCCUUCCUGCACUGGUACACGGGCGAGGGCAUGGACGAGAUGGAGUUCACCGAGGCGGAGAGCAACAUGAACGACCUGGUGUCCGAGUACCAGCAGUACCAGGACGCCACGGCGGAGGAGGGCGAGUUCGAGGAGGAGGCCGAGGAGGAGGUGGCCUAGGGCGCCCUCUGCGCUUCCUGUGUCUGCUCCCACCCCGCCCGGUAGGCCGCUUACUUUCGACCCCUUAGAGCCCCUCUUGGGCCCUGAGAACCCUGCUUCACCUCUAAGCCUGACUCACUUCAGACCCUCUGACCCUACAACGUCCCCCCUCCCCAUCCCUGUCUUUGGUAACCUUUGACCCUUGAGCCCCACUUUGCCCCACAUUUAACUCCACGAACCCUGUUUCACCCCAGCCUCCCUUUCACUUUUGACCUUCCCCAGGAAUUCAAGGCACCCCCAGACCAAAAAGCGCUGUUUACUUUUGACACCUGUCACUGAGCAUCUCUUCACCUCCAACCUUGCCUCACCUUUGACCCCACAAGCUCACCUGCCCUCUGACCUUGCCUUCUCUCUGACUCCUGCAAGCCCCCUGUUUCAUCCCAGAACUCAGUCCCCUCGGCUCCAACUGACCUUGGCUUCCCAGGGGUCGUGAGGGGCUGCCGUGGAGGGAGAAUAAGUCCUGGGUCAUGUGGACAAGAGAGGCUGUGCCCCCAAACCUCCCCCCUCCUCCCCUCUACCUCACCCUUAAUAAAUAAAUUAUUGU